GGAUUUCAUCUGAAAGCCAUUUUGUUCUUCAGGGCUCUGCAAGGGUAUCUGUAGUGGAAUUGCAGCAAGGCGGUAGCUACAGUUGCCGCAGUUGUAUCUUCUGCUUCACGAUGUUUCCUGUGGUCAGAAAUGCGCUGAGUCGUCUCCAAGUUCGAAGCAUUCAACAAACAAUGGCAAGGCAGGGCCACCAGAAACGUACACCUGAUUUUCAUGACAAAUAUGGUAAUAUUGUAUUAGCUGGUGGAGCCACGUUCUGUAUUGCUGUAUGGACAUAUACAGCAACACAAAUUGGAAUAGAAUGGAACCUGUCCCCUGUUGGCAGAGUCACCCCAAAGGAAUGGAGAAAUCAGUAAUCAUCCCAGCUGGUGUAAUACUGAAUUGCUUGAAAACCAACUCAUAAGUGAUGCCAAGUAAAAGCACUGUACCAGUCAAAAUACUGCAUUAUUGAAGAAAUAAAGUACAUUUGAAACAUUCA